AUGGUGGGAAUUGCUGGCGAAAGGACACACCGCUACCGUUUUCUUCCAGUGUUUUCGACAUUUAUUCUAACAAUUGCGAUUCCCAAGAUUUUCUUUGGCUACUCCAGUUUUGAAGCGUCAAUCGUUGGUAUUGCAGAGCUGCUGUUUCAGUUCAAUAACUUCGUUGGAUUGCUGAUGUUUUGGAUACAUGAUGAUAGUUUAAAGUGUUUAAUUGCGUGUGGUCGUAAAUUGACGGACGAAGUUUUUAACAGUGGCCAACACGGUAUGGUGCAGUUGUUAACGUUCCAGCACAAGCGGAUGCACAAAUUCACAAAGUAUUACUGCAUGCUUAUCUCCUGUACUGGCAGCAUUUAUGCUUGUGGUCCUAUGUGCGCCACGUUCUGGUCUUACUACCGAUCGAUACACACGAACAGCACAGUACAUCACAUUCUACAGAUGGAGGAGAACUUCUAUGGGCUUGCGAUUCGUUCCUCAUUUACACACUACCUUUUGUACGCCGUCACGAUGGCAUUUGUAUCCUAUGUUUGCGCAUACGUUGGCAUUGCGAAGAUCUUGGCUUGUUUCAAUUUUAUAAACUAUUGCAUCCUUUAUUUUGAGCUGGUAGCAUUGAAAUUACAAAACGAAACGCAACGCCGGAUCGAUCGUAACGGGGUUAGAGCGAUUGUUACGAUGCACCAGCAGACGCUGUACUGUGCCCGCUUGUUGGAAAUGAUCGUGUCGCCCCUGAUGCUGAUGCAAGUUAUCCUAUGCGUCCUUAUGUCGAGUUCUAUGAUACUAUAUUUCACCUUUGGAGACAGCACUGGACAUAUGAUAAAUAUCUUUAUAAUCUUGCUGGUCGUCACCACAGAAACUCUCGGAUAUUGUUAUUUAGGAACUCGAUUGUCAAUGCAGAGCACAAAGAUCGCUCACAUCGCGUACAGUGCAAACUGGGAGCAACAGUCAACCGAGACGAUGAAAAACCUCCAACUGAUCAUGUUGCGCGCACAGGCACCCAUCGGUAUAACAGCUGGCAAAUUUUGCUAUAUCGAUAUGGAACGAUUUACUAUGUUCUUCAAGAUUCAUCGCCCACCAUAA